UUUUCUGUUGCAGGACCAAUAAUUGUCGAGCCAUUGUCGUUCGACGGCACUCUGCCCAACUUGGUAUUAAAUCCCUAUACUUUGAUCAAGGUUGGAAGCAUCAUCUUUCUGGAUUCGCCAGUAGGAACUGGUUUUUCUUAUGCUAAGACUGCAAAAGCUUCUCAAUCUUCAGAUUUACAAGCCCCUGAUCAAGCUUAUGAAUUUAUCAGGAAGUGGCUACAUGAUCACCCAGAGUACAAGUCGAGUUCAUUCUAUGUUAGUGGAAUCUCGUAUGGGGGCAUUCCUGUUCCAAUAUUAACUCAACUUAUAUCAAAUGGAAACGAGGACGGCAUUGAACCACGUAUUGACCUUAAGGGAUACAUACUUGGAAAUCCUUGGUCGAAAGCUUCAGGAAUUCAGAACUAUAGGGUUCCGUUUGCUUAUGAUAUGGGGCUGAUUUCUGAUGAACUCUAUGAGUCCUUGAAGGUUAGCUGUAAAGGGGAAUAUGAAAUCAUAGAUCCCAGUAAUGCAGCGUGUUCGAAAAAUAUGCAGGCAUACAAUGAGUUGGUUCGUAAUAUUGACGAACAAAAUAUCUUGAUUCCUGUAUGUCAUCCCCUUUCACGAGAGCCAAAUAAAUUAUUUACUGGUGGGAGAUCCAUUAUACAAAUGUUGUAUGAGAAGUUUGAAGAGCUAGACGUUCGGGAAUCUACUCCAGUCAAAUGUCGAAUGGAAUGGAUUACGCUCGUUGAGCACUGGGCUAACAACAAGAGCGUCCAAGAGGCCCUCCAUGUGCGAAGGGAAACUAUCGGACAGUGGGUAAGCUGCAGAGAUACCUUGCCAUACACAACAAAUGUAGGGAGUGUUGUACCAUAUCAUGCAAACCUUAGCACUAAAGGUUAUAGAUCCCUUAUAUACAGUGGUGACCAUGAUCUGUUGGCACCGCACAUUGAAACUCAAGCAUGGAUAAGAUCUCUACAUUACCCAAUUAUUGAUGAUUGGAGACAGUGGAUUCAUCAAGGCCAAGUUGCCGGUUAUACAAGGACCUACGCAAAUAAGAUGACAUUUGCAACAGUGAAGGGAGGAGCCCAUGUUGCUUAUAUGUUCAAGCCUGCCGAAUGCAGAACUAUGCUUGAGAGAUGGAUAUCGCAUCAGCCUCUCUAAUCAGUUGGCAUAUGGAUAUGAACAUCUUUGAUGACUUCUGAGCAUCAAAUGUUCCACUCUUAAAUAUAAAUUAUUGUAACUUUGGGUCAUGAGACGCUUCUACUCCAACUCUCCAAUGGAUUGCUUUCUUAUGGAGAUAUAUGAUUAGUGGAGAAGUGAAUAAAAUGUAGUUGUUAAAAUGGGAA